AAUUAAAAGGGAGAAGGAGAAUGCAACCCAGCUCAUCCCUUUGCAAGUUGCAUUCUGAGUAGAAAUCUUGGAUCAAUUGUAAUGUAGAAAUCAGGCAUCAAAUUGUGUAUUUUCAUUGUCCAAUGUGUCCUCUUGUGCUUCUCCUACCGAUGAGGGAAUGUGGGAGGUUUCAAUACAGCAUUGGUUAUGUCGAACUUGUGUUGAUUUGCAACUUGACUGGCGUAGUAGACCGAUUGCCUGGAUCGGAGACUCCUCACAUCGGCCACACUUUAUCUCACAGAGCUAUGGCAAACAACACCUUUGUUGUCAAAUGUCUGAGGCAGCCUCUGCAUUCCAGUCUUCGUUGUAGUGCAAGCUCCAAUCUUUCAAACAGCUCGCUAGGCUUCUUGUCCGAAGUUGAUCUGGUUUGGAGUGGCUUUCAGAUUUCAUGUUUUUGCAAUCUCUGCUUGUUUUGUUUCAAGACUGGGCGUUUUGGCAAAUGAUGUAUCCAGGGUGUAUGCAAUCAGAGUAUGGGGAUGUCAUGUGUAAUGGCUCAAAUGGUGGAACUGUCUUUAAGUUCAAAGAAGAAGCAGCUUUUCUUGCUGGAAAAGAUGGCAUGGAAGGGCAAUGUGCCGCCAGUGGUGAAUACAUCUGCACCUCUGCCAGACACCAAUCCAGCGAACAAAAAUGCACCCAUUUCUGCAAAGUCAGUAUAUAUUGCCGUUUUACUGGACAUUGGUGCGCGGUGCAGCGUGGAAUCACUGGAAUCAGAAAUCUCAUUCAGAGUUUUUCAUAAAUCGAUGAUGUGGUGACGUUGGAAAGAGUAGCUGUAGAGUAUAUGUAGACCUAGGAUUUUUUCAUUGUAUAUCAUAUUUCUGUCAACUGCUGACGUCUAUUACAGUUGGGAUUGCAGCAUGACGGGCAUUUACCAGUGGUUGGAAUGAACAAGUUAGAUAUUCGGUGCACAACGUUCGCACAUCUCUGGUAUACUUGUUGGUGCACGCAUAAUGAAUUGGUUUGCUACCCCAUCUCACUGUUCACUGUGGGAUGCUAUCGGCAAAAACACCAUCAUGUUA